AUGGGGGUCCGUACAGGAUUUGCUCUGUUGUUGGUCUUCGGGAUUCUCUUCACAGUGUCCAAUGGGGCACCUCUUCACUAUCACCACAAACCAGGUGGAGACCCGGUGGAUUCUUUGUCCGUAUCCUUCUGCCUCUCUUUGGUGGUGUCGCUGACGGUUCUAGUUGCUCUGACUGUGGUAUUGGUGAAUUGUGUCACUUGCUGCAAGAAAAACGAGAUCAACUUUAAGGAGUUUGAGGACCAUUUUGAUGAUGAAAUUGACUUCACCCCCCCGGCAGAGGAUACCCCCUCAGUUCAGUCUCCAGCUGAGGUUUACACACUGGCAGUGUCCCCAGUUGCCCUGCCAGGACCCCCACAUCUUCAGCCGCCCUCUCACAUCACAGAAGGGGCCACUGGAGCUCAAAUUGCACGACACAGUUUGAGUUACAUACAGGAGAUUGGCAACGGCUGGUUUGGACAGGUUCUUCUCAGUGAAAUCUACACUGACCCUGGGGGCACCAGAGUGGUGGUGAAAGAGUUAAAGGCUAAUGCUGGUUCCAAGGAUCAGAAUGAAUUUCUGCAGCAGGGAGAUCCAUACAGAGUGUUGCAGCACCCGAAUAUCCUGCAGUGCAUUGGCCAGUGUGUUGAAGCGAUUCCCUUUCUUCUUGUGUUUGAGUACUGCGAGAUGGGUGAUUUGCGAGGCUACCUGUCUCACCAGGACUGGAUGUACAGAAGUGCAGAGGUAUUGCAGCUCCAGCGGAUGGCCUGUGAAAUUGCUGCUGGUGUCACUCAUCUCCACAAACACAACUUCCUGCACAGUGAUCUUGCACUGAGAAACUGCUUCCUGACUGCUGACCUAACGGUAAAAGUGGGAGACUAUGGCAUUGGACCUUACAGAUAUAAGGAGGACUACAUCAUCACAGAGGACGAUGUGUUUGCUCCUCUUCGCUGGUUAGCUCCAGAGCUUGUGUGUGAACGCCAUGGGGGAGUCAUUGCUUUGGAGCAGACCAAGGCCAGUAAUGUAUGGGCCCUGGGGGUGACUUUGUGGGAGCUUUUUGAGACUGCCAACCAGCCGUAUCCACAUCUGUCAGACCGCGAGGUUCUCAAUCAUGUGAUCAAGGAACAGCAAGUCAAACUGUUUAAGCCACAGCUGGAUCUGCCGUACUCCGACAGAUGGUAUGAGGUCCUGCAGUUCUGUUGGUUGUCCCCUGACAAGCGUGCAACGGCUGAGGAGGUGCAUCGCCUGCUCACUUACCUGCGCAUGCAGGGCCAGAAGGACAUGGAGGAGGACUUUGAGCAGCGCUGGGACGCGCUCAAACCAAACCCUGCCACACGGCAGACCACUAUCAGCCACUCGUCCUUCCCCAUCCUGGACCAGUUUGCAGACGAUGCUCUUCGCCAGGAGAUCGAUGAGGUUCUCACUGUCACAGAAACCAGUAAAGGUCUGAGUUUUGAAUACGUCUGGGAAGCGGCAAAGCAUGACCACUAUGAGGGUAACCACGGACACUCUGGUAUGGACACCACUUUAAACUACCACAGCACCUUCUUCCCUGUGUCCAUGGAAGAUAUCCAGGCUCAUUUCCCCAUUGCAUCAAACAGAGCAGCAGACGGCAGCAGCAGCACUCCUUCAGGAAUCCCUGGGAUCCUCUCAGUGUUUGACGCUCAGAAACAGUCCAAUGGAAAUGAGUUUUAUAUUCAGCUAGAAGAACCAGGGGAUGAAACUCCUGAUUCUCUGGACUCUUACGAUAUCCACAGAAUCGAUGAGAAGCAAGAGUAUGAGAAUGCACAGGCCAAGCCAAGCAAACUUCAACCUCCUUAUAAAAUAUCAGACAGUGGCUAUGAAACAGAAAACAUGGAGUCACCAGAGUGGAAUUCCCAACCUGGCGUCAAAGAUCUUCACAAUGGUCAAAUCUGUGAGAAUGAAGCUAGUCCUGGCGGCGCUGCUAAUAUUUUGGCUCCACCUGAAAUAGUUAUAUCGGACGUGGAGAGACUUGACGACGGGAGCUCAGAGGAACCUGCAGAACAGCCCGACAAUGCCAGCCCACCUCAGCCACUCAUCAUGAGCACCCAUUACAGAGACUCUGCCUAUUUCUCGGACAAUGAAUCCGAACCAGAGAAGAAAGCAGAAGAGACUGCUGCGGGAGGUUCAGUGGAAGCCAUGUGGUUGAGCGACAGUCACGGGCCGAUCGGUGAUGAGACGCCAGCAGUAGAAGUGAAUAUAAGCUUGGUUUUGGACUCUUCUCAUAUGCAAACUUCUGAAGACUUGGUGCUUGAAGUUGGAGAGGCAUACGACUCACAAUUUCACAAUUCAGAAAAUGCAAAUAUCUCUGUGGACAAUGAGGAAGAUGCAACAAUAAAAGCUGAGUUUUUACACACUUUGCCACCCGCAGAACAAUCAGAACUUGAGCCAGUUGCUGACGAACUUUUGCCCGUAACUGACGAAAACGGUCACAUCAAUGUAACCGAACUACAUGCCAGCGAAAGCUCCAAGAUCAAAGAGCCGGACGUGGAGGGGCGCUACCUGGGCCGGCUGGAAGGUCACGAGGACGGCAUGGAGGCGGACGAGGAGGACGAGAACAGCGAGGACUCGGAUGACGAAGACCUGCGCGCCUACAGACUCAACAGCUCCAGCUCCGACAGCGAGGACGAGGCCACGCACCCGGUACCGCUCAUCAUCUCCGACGACAGCGAGGCCAAGAACCUGCGGAGCUUACUGAAGCCCACCUCGCUCUGCAUCAACUCGGCAGCUUCCGGACUGGCUACGACUGGCAACGCAGACAACUCCAGGAGAGCCGUGUCCUUCUUUGAUGAUGUCACCGUGUAUCUGUUUGAUCAGGAUACACCCACCAAAGAACUCGGUGACCACUCCGGAAGCUCAAACAAUCACGUCCCAGAGUUCAGCAGCUCUGCCUCCAAAGCCAGUUAUCUGAACCGCUUCACCAACUCCGAGAGCUCCACGGACGAGGAGGGCGGUGGCUUUGAGUGGGACGAUGACUUCUCCCCUGGUCCCAAAGCUCUGCCCACAUCUGGGGCUGGGGGCCUGGGCACGGUGCCGCGCUGGAGCUCCACUUCCAGCUACUCGCGCUUCUCCAUCUCUCCGGCCAGCAUUGCCAGCUUCUCCCUCACUCACCUCACCGACUCCGACAUCGAGCAAGGAGGCAAUGGGGAAGAUGGAGAGAAGGACUGA